AUGACCACCGGGGAGGGUACUGGGCGGCGGGGAGUUGGCCGGCGGGGAGGCCCUUCGAGGCUUCAAUGUGGGGAGGAGGAUGAGCUGGGCGGAGACAGGGGAGGAGUGGAGCAGGACGAGAUCCUUCAUGUACAUUGUUCACUGAUAUGGAACUCUUCUCCUGCUGAGAAGCAUGAUGAGGCCUUCCUUCCAACAAAGCAUUGUUUCUUUGCUUGGGCAAUAGGAGCUCCAAAUAUCUUGUAUGCUUCUGUAAUUUACACCAUUGCUAAGAUAGCUCUCCUUAUUGCUGCUACUGCAGCCUUCAUCAUAUUGUUGAUAAUUGGCAUCCCGCCAGCUGUUGAUCCUGCCGUCGCCGGGGAGGCCGCAUCUAGCCCAACGGAGGCCGCAUCCCGCCAGCUGUUGAUCCUGCAAAAAAAGAGUAACUUUUUCCCUGUUGUUCAUUACUGUACACUGACAUAA